GCCCGGGCUCGGCUUCGCGCUCGCUCCGCGCCCCGCCCUCCGCCGCAGCCCGCGCCGGGGGUGGGGGCCCCGCGCAGCCCCCGGCCGGCCGCCCGCACCGCGUCCGCCCUCCUUCCCUCCCUCCCUCCACUGAUCCCGUCCCCCAUUCCCGGAUUAUUAACUCAGCAACCAGAGGCGACUGGAUUCACCGAGUCCUGGCCACCGGGCCGGGGCCGGGGCGCCCGGAGCGCUUGGGGAUCCUGCAAGGUGACCAUGGCCUUGCUGGGGAAGCACUGUGACAUCCCCACCAACGGCUGCGGGUCUGAGCGCUGGAACACCACCUUCGCCCGCAAAGACGAACUCAUCAACAGCCUGGUGUCUGCCUUAGACUCAAUGUGCUCUGCUCUCUCUAAGCUGAACACAGAGGUGGCCUGCGUGGCGGUACACAAUGAGAGCGUCUUCGUGAUGGGCACCGAGAAGGGAAGGGUGUUUUUGAACACGCGGAAGGAGCUACAGUCAGACUUCCUCAGGUUCUGCCGGGGACCCCUAUGGAAGGAUCCAGAAGCAGGACACCCUAAAAAGGUGCAGCGCUGCGAGGGUGGUGGCCGGAGCAUCCCGCGGUCCUCUCUGGAGCAGUGCUCGGAUGUGUACCUGCUGCAGAAGAUGGUAGAGGAAGUGUUUGAUGUUCUUUAUAGUGAGGCUAUGGGCAGGGCAAGUGUGGUACCUUUGCCCUAUGAGAGGCUGCUCAGGGAGCCGGGGCUGCUGGCUGUGCAGGGACUGCCCGAAGGCCUGGCCUUCCGGAGGCCAGCUGAGUAUGACCCCAAGGCGCUCAUGGCCAUUUUGGAGCACAGCCACCGAAUACGGUUUAAGCUCAGGAGGCCUCCGGAUGAUAGUGGACGGGACUCAAAGGCUCUAGUGGAGAUGAACGGCAUCUCCCUGCUACCCAAGGGGUCCAGAGACUGCAGUCUGCAUGGCCAGGCCUCCAAGGUCACUCCCCAGGACCUGCCCCCCACCGCCACCCCAUCCUCCAUGGCCAACUUCCUGUACACCGCAUCGAUGCCCAACCACACCAUCCGGGAACUCAAGCAGGAGGCGCCCACCUGCCCGUUGACCCCCAGCGACCUGAGCUUGGGCUGGCCUGUGCCUGAGCCCCAGGUUCCCAGUGCCCAAGAUUUCUCCGACUGCUGUGGACAGAAGCCUGCAGGACCUGCUGGUCCUCUCAUCCAGAAUGUCCAUGCUUCCAAGCGCAUCCUCUUCUCCAUCGUCCAUGACAAGUCAGAGAAGUGGGACGUCUUCAUCAAGGAGAUGGAGGACAUCAACACAUUGCGGGAGUGCGUGCAGAUCCUGUUUAACAGCAGAUACGCGGAAGCCCUGGGCCUGGACCACAUGGUCCCUGUCCCCUAUAGGAAGAUUGCCUGUGACCCCGAAGCUGUGGAAAUUGUGGGCAUCCCGGACAAGAUCCCCUUCAAGCGACCUUGUACUUAUGGGGUGCCCAAGCUGAAGCGGAUUCUGGAGGAACGACACAGCAUUCACUUCAUAAUCAAGAGGAUGUUUGAUGAACGCAUUUUCACAGGGAACAAGUUUACCAAAGACCCCAUGAAGCUGGAGCCAGCCAGCCCACCUGAAGACACUUCCACAGAGGUCUGUAGGGACACUAUGCUGGACCUGGCUGGGACUGCUUGGUCAGACAAGAGCAGUGUCUCUGAAGACUGCGGGCCAGGAACCUCAGGAGAGCUAGGAAUGUUGAGGCCCAUCAAAAUUGAGCCAGAGGAGCUGGACAUCAUUCAGGUUACUGUCCCAGAUCCUUCACCAACUUCUGAGGAGAUGGCCGACUCGCUACCUGGACACCUGCCCUCGGAGGAUUCUGGUUACGGGAUGGAAAUACCGGCUGACAAAGGCCCCAGUGAGGAGCCGUGGCAGGAAGAGAAGCCACCAGAAGAAAGCCCUGGUGAUGUGAUCCGGCCCUUGCGGAAGCAGGUGGAGAUGCUGUUCAACACGAAAUAUGCCAAAGCCAUUGGUACCUCAGAGCCAGUCAAGGUGCCCUACUCCAAGUUCCUGAUGCAUCCCGAGGAGCUGUUCGUACUGGGGCUGCCUGAAGGCAUCUCUCUUCGCAGGCCCAACUGCUUUGGGAUUGCCAAGCUUCGGAAGAUUCUGGAGGCUAGCAACAGCAUCCAGUUUGUCAUCAAGAGACCCGAACUGCUCACUGAUGGUGUCAAAGAACCUGUUGUGGAUACUCAAGGCAUUUCCCCACUGCCCCUGUCGGGUUUGCCCCCUCGAUGCCACCUGAGACCCCAGGUGCUCCCUCCUCACCUGCCUUCUCUCCCCACCCCACCCCCAGAGAGGGACUCCUGGGACCGUCUUGUGGAUGAGACCCCGAAGAGACAGGGCCUUCAAGAAAAUUACGACACCAGACUCUCGCGGAUUGACAUCGCCAACACACUUAGGGAGCAAGUCCAAGACCUGUUUAACAAGAAAUACGGUGAAGCCUUGGGCAUCAAAUACCCAGUGCAGGUGCCCUACAAGCGAAUCAAGAGCAACCCCGGUUCGGUCCUCAUCGAGGGCCUGCCUCCUGGGAUCCCAUUCCGCAAACCCUGCACCUUUGGCUCCCAGAACCUGGAACGGAUCCUCGCUGUGGCCGACAAGAUCAAGUUCACAGUCACCAGGCCAUUCCAAGGACUCAUCCCAAAGCCUGAUGAGGAUGAUGCCAACAGGCUCGGCGAGAAGGUGAUCCUCCGAGAGCAGGUGAAGGAGCUCUUCAAUGAGAAAUACGGUGAGGCCCUGGGACUGAAUCGGCCUGUGUUGGUCCCUUACAAACUGAUCCGGGACAGCCCGGAUGCUGUGGAGGUAAAAGGCCUCCCGGAUGACAUCCCCUUCCGGAACCCCAACACCUAUGACAUCCAUAGGCUGGAGAAGAUCCUGAAGGCCAGAGAGAAUGUACGGAUGGUUAUCAUCAACCAGCUCCAACCUUUUGCAGAAGUCUGCAAUGAUGCCAAGGUGCCAGGGAGUUCAGGAGGCCGACACAGAAGGGCCCCCAGCAUCCGGCCUCAGCAACUGUUUCUUCCACCAGCCAAAGACAUUCCCAAGCGCAAGAGAAAGCGGGUCUCGGAAGGCAACUCGGUCUCCUCCUCUUCCUCUUCUUCAUCCUCGUCCUCUAACCCAGAGUCUGUGGCGUCCACCAACCAGAUCUCCCUCGUGGUAAAGUCACGCAGACCUGAACCACACCCUAAUUCUGUGUGGCCUUUGCCCCUCCCUCGGGCAGGGCCGCCCGCAGCACCAGGAACUGGGAGGCACUGGGCUCUAAGAGGGACUCAGCCAACCUCAGAGGUGCAGGCGCAUGCGCUUGUUUUGCCCACAAGAUAGACUGAGGGUUUCUGUGCAAUCAGCGCAGUGCUUGAAGUGUGGGUGUCACCAGCGAUGUGUGUAAAUGAGGACAGCGGGAGCCAGAGGGUAGACGGUCACAUGACAGAACUCUACCUCCGUCAUCUGUCAGCCAGUUUGGCUCUUGCCUGAUUCAGAGGAAAACCUAUGUAAAGAACUGGGUGUGGUGGCAUAUGCCUGCAGUCCCAUAAGUUCAAGGCCAGCUUGGGCUAUAUGAGAGUCUGUCUCAAAGGAAACUGCUAAACAGGGCUGGGGGUGGGGCUCAGUCAGCAAGGAGCCCCGGGUUAUGUUCCCAGCAUCACGUAAACUGGACGUGGUGGCACACACCUGUAACCCCAGCACUGAAGAGGUAGAGGCAGGAGGAUCAGAAGUUCAAGGUCAGCCUCAGUACAUGAGAGGCUAGCCUGGGUUACAUGAGACUGCCUCAACAGGAAGGAAUGGAGGGAAGAAGGGAAGGAAGACUGGUUUUGGGAUUUCUAGACCCUUUGUGUAUCCUUCAGCCCCUUUCUGGUACUCUGCAAAGCCCAGAGUUUGCUUUUUUUUUUUUUUUUUUUUUCUCUCUCCUGCCUUUGUUUUUGUCAUUGAGUACCCCUUUUGCCCGGAGAGGUGGGACAGUCUAUGAGGUGAAGCUGGGCAUAUGGUGUUUACUGCGCCUGCUCACUCAGCUCUCCCUGGUGUCUAAUCCAUGUGUUGAACCCCUGGAACACAGGUGGGGGACAGUCACACCUGUGUGACCUCGGAGAGGUCAAUAGCUGCAUAAGUAACAUUUGAGUUUGCCCUCAAAGAAAGCUAGUUAUUCUGGGGGUUCCUUCUUGUCAUCUGGAGUCCUAACCUGGUCCCUCUGUCCCCUCUCUCUAGCAGUGGCCAGUGUACAUGGUGGACUAUUCCGGACUAAACGUGCAGCUUCCAGGUCCCCUUGAUUAUUAGACCUCAGAGCCGAAUCAGGACCUCAACUCAGAAAGACUAAAGGAAAUGUAAUUUAUGUACAAAGUAUAUUCGGAUAUGUAUCGAUGCCUUUUAGUUUUUCCAAUGAUUUUUACACUAUAUUCCUGCCGCCAAGGCCUUUUUAAAUAAGUAAAAGAAAGAAAAAGAAAAA